AUGGACAAGCUGGAAAACGACAAUGUGGUGAGCUUGGGGCUAUUCUCAGACCGGGAGAGACGGCUAGUUGAGCCACGGGAGACGAAUGCAGUGACCUAUGAUGACGUGCAUGUCAACUUCACUUUGGAAGAAUGGGCUUUGCUGAAUCCUUCCCAGAAGAAACUCUAUAAAGAUGUGAUGGGGGAGACCUACAGGAACCUCACUAGUAUAGUUGGGAAGACCAUAAUAUUGAAGAACAUUGUCAAAGUUCUAGAAGACAUAAAAGGCAUAAAAGAACACAUACUGGAGAGAAACCCUAUGAAUGUAAUCACUGUGGUAAAGCCUUUGCACACCACAGUUAUCUACAAAGUCAUGAAAGAACCCAUACUGGAGAAAAACCCUAUGAAUGUAAUCAGUGUGGUAAAGCCUUUGUACAACACAAUAAUCUACAUAUUCAUGAAAGAAUCCAUACUGGAGAAAAACCCUAUGAAUGUAAUCACUGUGGUAAAGCCUUUGCACGCCGCAGUUAUCUACAAAGUCAUGAAAGAACCCAUACUGGAGAAAAACCCUAUGAAUGUAAUCAGUGUGGUAAAGCCUUUGCACAACACAGUCAUCUACAUAUUCAUGAAAGAAGCCAUACUGGAGAGAAACCCUAUGAAUGUAAUCACUGUGGUAAAGCCUUUGCACGCCACAGUUAUCUACAAUGUCAUGAAAGAACCCAUACUGGAGAAAAACCCUAUGAAUGUAAUCAGUGUGGUAAAGCCUUUGCACAACACAGUCAUCUACAAGUUCAUGAAAGAAGCCAUACGGGAGAGAAACCCUAUGAAUGUAAUCACUGUGGUAGAGCCUUUGCACAGCACAAUCAUCUUAAAAGGCAUGAAAGAAGCCAUACUGGAGAGAAACCCUAUGAAUGUAAUCACUGUGGUAAAGCCUUUGCACGCCACAGUUAUCUACAAAGUCAUGAAAGAACCCAUACUGGAGAGAAACCCUAUGAAUGUAAUCAAUGUAGUAGAGCCUUUGUACAACACAGUCAUCUACAAGUACAUGAAAGGAGCCAUACUGGAGAGAAACCCUAUGAAUGUAAUCACUGUGGUAGAGCCUUUGCACAACACAGUCAUCUACAAGUUCAUGAAAGGAGCCAUACUGGAGAGAAACCCUAUAAAUGUAAUCACUGUGGUAAAGCCUUUGCACGUCACAAUCAUCAAAGGCAUAAAAGAAGUCAUACUGGAGAGAAACCCUAUGAAUGUAAUCAGUGUGGCAAAGCCUUUGCAUGCCACAGUUAUCUACAAAGUCAUGAAAGAACCCAUACUGGAGAGAAACCCUAUGAAUGUAAUCACUGUGGUAGAGCCUUUUCAUGUCACGGUAGUCUCUGAAAACAUAAAAGAAACCUAUACCGUAGAGAAACGUUAUGACUGUAAUUAG